UCAACUUGUGUUUGUGUCAAAUGAAAGUUGAAAGACUCAAUUUGUUAUGUUUAUUGUUUAUUAGUGAACAAAAACAGCAGUUUAAAGUUAUGUUAUUGGGUCGAAUGAACGAAGAAGUAUAAAAAAUACUUUCUACUUUUACUAUAUCCUUUUUUGCUUUUAAUUGAAAUAUAAAAUUUGCAAGAUGUCAACAGUUUCAGUAGCAAUCAUUUUAAAAAGAGCGAGUAAAGUUUAUCAUGAGGGUGAGACUAUCGCGGGAGUGGUAGUAGUGGAAAGUAACAGUGAUGUGAGACAUGAAGGUUUGUCUCUCACUAUGGAGGGGUCUGUCAAUCUACAGCUCAGCACAAAGAAUGUGGGCAUCUUUGAGGCAUUCUCUAACUCUAUCAAGCCUAUAAACCUUAUCAACACAUGCAUUGAGCUGGUGCCACCGGGCAAGAUCCCCGUAGGAGUGACAGAGAUUCCAUUUGAGAUGCCACUGCGCGCACGCCAGGCUGUGUCGCCCGGGUACCCAGGCUUGUUGGAAACAUACCAUGGAGUCUUUGUAAAUAUUAUGUACACACUCAAAUGUAACAUGAAGAGAUCAUUUCUGAACAAGCCAGUGAAUGCUAGUUGCCAGUUUUUCGUGCAAUACAGACAGCAAGAUCCGGCGCCGAUGAAGCCGGUUCGCUGUGAGAUCACUCCGGCCAGUAUCCGCGCGGCCGGGGGCGGGUCGCGGCCCAUGCCUCACUUCCAGGUCUACGCAGAGAUACACUCCACCGUCUGCGCCCUCGACAGCCCGCUCACUGGCAAGAUCCGAGUGGACGAGUGCUCGGUGCCGAUCCGGUCGAUAGAGCUGCAGCUGGUGCGCGUCGAGACCUGCGGCUGUGCUGAGGGAUACUCUAAGGAUGCGACGGAGAUCCAGAACAUCCAGAUAGGCGAGGGCGACGUGUGCCGCGCGCGCGACGUGCCGCUGUACAUGGUGCUGCCGCGACUGUUCACGUGCCCCACCACCUCCACGCCGCACUUCAAGAUCGAAUUCGAGCUGAAUAUUGCUGUUAUUUUUGACGACGAUUAUUUGGUAACGGAAAAUUUUCCAAUAUUGUUAUUAAGGAGCAAAUAGCAAGAAUAUCUUUAACUACAAACUACGACGGUACUUAGCCAAACAUCGACCCUUCAGCGGCUACUACAGCAAAAAGAACAAGUUACAACUACAGCCAACUCUGUCUUGAAACAUAACGUAAAUAUGAAAGUUUGUGACUUUGUGAGGAUUUAUGGCAAAAAAACUACGGAACAGGUUUACAUGGAGUUGAUGAUGAUUGGAGAGUCCGUGAACUGGGAUACUUAUUACAUUACAAUUAUUUCCAAAGUAUAUUAUGAAAUAGUAUGUGUAUAUAAUGAAAAAUAAUUAUUAUAUUAAGUAAAUGAGUAAUAUAGAGUAGCACUUAGAUUAUUGUAAUACAAAUUGAUUAAUCAUACAAAGUGGGUCGCAUGUACCCAUUGCGUUAUUAUAAAGAAAUGCAUUAAAUUAUUUCCAUUGUUAAA